CUGUUAUUCUUUUCCCAACUACGGAGUAGUAGAUUCACAUGCCUGUAACUAGCAGUGCUAAAAUGGCCAGGGUCACUCUAUCGAAGGGCGUUGGUUCGCUUAUGAGCCAAAUAUGCCAAACAUGGUCUUAUCAGGUGGCCGCGAGAAGUCCGACCUCAUUUUUACAUCAUGGUAUAAAGGAAAGCACUUGCGCCCGGGUGUCGUUGCAGCUUGGGCCUUUUCGCUUGCAUAUACACAGUGCACACAUCAACAAGGAAUCUGCUUUCUGAGCAGCUGAAAAAGCACAUCCCCUGUGACACCUAGCCCCCUUCCGACUCGGCCUUUUAUUUCCUUUAUAGCUCUCAAAAACAAUUUAGGGAAGUGGUUGUUGCAUUUUCAUUCACGAUGACGACCCCAACAUCCGGCGCCUCUGGCGCUGGCGACACGAUGACGCACAUGCCCACCCACCAGAGCCUCGAGAAACAAGACACACGUUUGACCAGGGCGUCCACACGCCGCACCCUCGAACGCUACGAAACACGACCUACACAAGAUGCUGCCGAGGUGCUGGACCUGCCAUAUGACAUCCUCAGCGAUGAUGCCAACAUGGCCGAGUACACGGAAGAAACAGCCCAAGGUAUCAUCCCCAAGCGAACAAUUUCCCGCGUCACCGGCCUCGAAGAAGAGCACGAACUAGUCACCUUCACUCUGAACGACCCGGAGAACCCCAAGAACUGGUCCAAGCCGUACAAAUGGUGGUGCACCAUGGUCGUCGCCUUCACCUGCUUCGUCGUGGCAUUCAACAGCGCCGUCAUCACCGCCGACCUCGAAGGCGUCUCGGAGACCUUCAAUGUCUCGCGCGAAGUGUCUCUGCUCACAAUCACCAUGUUCGUCGUUGGCUUCGGUGUCGGACCCUUGGUAUUCGCACCCGCCAGCGAACUCUUCGGCCGAAAACCCGUCUAUAUCCUUACUAUCGCCGUGGCCGUCAUCUUCGAGAUUCCCUGCGCCGUGGCUCAAAACAUCGGCACGCUCCUGGUAUGCCGACUGAUCGACGGGAUCGCGUUUUCCGCGCCCAUGACCCUUGUCGGCGGCACGCUCGCCGAUCUCUGGCGCAAUGAGGAGCGUGGCGUGCCGAUGGCCGUGUUCAGCGCCGCUCCCUUUAUCGGCCCCGCCAUCGGUCCUCUUGCAGGUGGAUUCCUCGGUGACGCUGCGGGAUGGAGAUGGCUUUAUUGGAUCCAGCUGAUCCUGGCCGGCCUGUCAUGGGCAUUGCUCACGCUCACUGUUCCCGAGACCUACGCCCCCGCGAUCCUCGACAAGCGGGCCAAGAAACUCCGCAAAGAAACCGGCGACGCUAGGUACGUGACGGAAAAGGACAUCGACAAACGUCCGUUUGGCGAGCAGUUGAAGAUUUUCCUUCUCCGGCCUCUGCAGCUGCUCUUCUUGGAGCCCAUUGUCUUCCUGAUCAGUCUUUACAUGUCGGUGCUGUAUGGCCUGUUGUACAUGUUCUUCGUCGCGUAUCCCAUCGUCUAUGUCGAAGGGAAGGGCUGGUCCGAGGGAAGUACCGGGUUGAUGUUCAUCCCCUUGGCGGUGGGUGUGGUGCUCUCGGCCGCGUGUGCGCCGUUCGUCAACAAGCACUAUCUGAGCAUUUGUGCCCGCUACCCGGACGGCAAGCCGCCUGCCGAGGCGAGGUUGAUCCCUAUGAUGUUCAGUUGCUGGCUCAUUCCAAUCGGGCUUUUCAUUUUUGCCUGGACUUCAUAUCCGGACAUGUCGUACUGGGGUCCUAUGAUGGGUGGUUUCCCCGUUGGCUUCGGCUUCAUUUUCCUGUAUAACUCGGCGAACAACUAUCUCGUCGACACGUACCAGCACCAAGCCGCCAGCGCAUUAGCGGCCAAGACAUGCAUCCGGAGUUUCUGGGGUGCCAGCGUCGUGCUGUUUACCGAGCAGAUGUACCAUACCUUGAACGACCGCUGGGCGAGUACGCUGUUGGCCUUUAUUGCUCUGGCUUGCUGUUUGAUUCCUUAUGUCUUCUACUUCAAGGGUGCGAGUAUCAGAAAGCACUCGAAAUUCGCAUUCGCCGACGACGACGAGGGAGUGAAUGUUGGUGUGAAGGUGUGAGGUGGGUUCUCUGGAGACUGAGAUGCUGUGGGAACAGUCCUCUUCCAACUGCGCAUUGGGCAGGAGCAUGCAUAAGAGGAGCGUUAUUGAUAUGGUUUUACUUAACCUCUAGGGACAAGGACCCUACCGUGGCCCCACCUGGACUGGACCUCUUCAAGAGGUCUUAUGCCCGACCAGGAUGACCACGAUGCGCGACUACCUCGCCGCGUCGGGCAGAGGGAGGGCGUUGCUCUCGAGCGCUGCUCGGGCGGGUAGCAUCACGGCGUUGAGCAGAAGGAGGGACCUUGCUGUUGAGCGGUGCUCGAGCGGGUAGCAUAACGGCGUCGGGCAGAGGGAGGACCCUUGCCCCUUUGCUCUUGAGCGGUGCUCGAGCGAGGUAGCCACUUUAUCAAAUGCUUUGUAAAUAAUAGUCGACGACCAAUGUACAUUA